AUGUUGGCGACCGAUGUUCAAUCUUACCCUUAUUCGUGCCCCAACGCAACAGUUGAUGCCGUCAAUAACUUCGGUGCACCUCAGAAUCCCGCUUCAAGCUCAAGAAGUCGGCAACAAAACCAAGAAGAUUUAGACCUUCGACAUUCCUUCAAGCCGGUAAUAAUUUAGAAGAACAUGUUUAUUGCCUAUUCUUUUUCCCCGGGAAAUCGAGGGUGUCGAGGCUCUUUCAUUUUCAUUAGCCCGAUCAGAUUUGUACUUAACAAACUAUCAUAACAGCAUUAAUGUCCCUGUGUUUGUUUUCAUCGUUUUGGGCUGAAUUUUAAACAGCUUUUGCCCUCAGACUAGCUCAACACGGGUAUUCGCCCGAUAUUUCGUCGUGAGGACGUUGCUUUGCAUAAUUCACUUGUCAUCGCCUGUACCUGUUACCGUCCUCUUCUGGAGCAUUACUAGUACAGGAAGCUUCCUAAUGUCGUCUUGUGUGCCGGUCUGUCUCCAAAGGCACCGUAGUAGUCCCAUUUCUUCACUCAACGCGCCAUUUCGCAUCCUGUAAAUAUAGUGGACAUUGUUGUCUUUUAAUGGUUCACUUAUUCCACAACACUUCAGAAGGCCUUUCCCAAUAUCAUUUCUCAAAUCAGUUUCCAAUAGAAUUAACUACUUCGUCCAUCGAUUUAAUCAGGAUCUUCGGUCGCAUCUGCUUAAACAUUAAUAUAUAAUCUCACGUUAAUCUCGUUUAAAAGUGACCUUGAGUCUGGCAACUUAUGCGGUUUGUCUGAUAUUGUCUCUAAUAAUUCGUACAGUUCUCAGCCGUUAGACAGGUACUCGCUAAUGCGCACACCCUAAUGUGUUUAUGUUACGUUCUGCGAAACUUCAGGCACAUUCAUCUUGCGAGCCAGCGGAACCGAAUAAACCUUGUCAUCUUGAGCCGUCAACAGAUCAAGAAAACUUCAAUGAGGCGCCAGUUAACAUGCCAUUUGAACCACCCUCUGCCUGCUGUGCCCCAGAUCACAGUGCGCGAUUCUCUUGCUCUCAAUGUCACAAAAACUUCUCUCGUUACAGUCAUCUGGAGGCUCACCUCCGGGUGCACACUGGUGAACGGCCUUUCUGCUGUUGCAUCUGCGAGAAGACAUUCUCACAGGUGGCUAACUUAAGCCGCCACUUGAAAUCGCACAAGGUUUGGCCGAGACUCCGUAACGUGGCCAAGGUAUCGAACAGCCCUGGUUCGGUCGAAAACGUGUUGGUGAAGCCGUCCAGUUCUAUUAAUGAAGUCACCAAGCGUGUCCAGGUAUCAUUUUGUAGGAGCUUUUUGUUUAAGUGCCACCAUCUAUAAGUUGAUGAAGCUUCAGUAAUAGUGUCCUUGUGCGUGAUGUAAUUACUUUUACUUUCACUGCUCUCACUGUUCUGCAUUGUUCCAUAUUUUCACUCUGCGCCUGGCGUCUCGGUCUCGCUAUUUUGAUGCUCAAUUCUAUUUGAAAUGACUUUGAGGUAAAUAUAUGCUCACGCAUCGGAACUAUCCCAGCAGGCAGUUAGACCGUCCAGUCAGCUAUCUAUAUUCUACUCCCUGACCAUGUCAAUGGAACUCAUCAACUAUAGUCUCGGUCUCUGCUUUCACAAGGUCGGCAAGUUCUAGACAGUGAUAUCCUUCUUGGAGGGUAAGACUUUCUAGCGAUAUGCUUUGCGGAAUACGCAAUUUGUCGGACCGGCUUCAGCGGCUAAACCUACAUUCAGGCUGUGGCCGCCUUUUAAUCAAAACGGUUCCGUUUUACCUACUGCCCAAUACCCGUAUGCGUUUUCUUUGUGGAAUAAACCCACCUACGUUAUAAAAGAGGCUUAGCAGCCAUCUUCGGCCAUCCGACGUCUAGGAGAAGUAUAUUGAGCUGCAGCUCCUCCCCCUCCCUUUUCACCCUCCUCCUCCUCCUCCUCCUCCUCCUCCUCCUCCUCAUCCUCAUCCUCAUCCUCCUCUUCCCCAUCCUCAUCCUCCUCUUCCCCAUCACCCUCAUCCUCCUCUUCCCCAUCAUCAUCAUCAUCAUCAUCAUCAUCAUCAUCAUCAUCAUCAUCAUCAUCAUCAUCAUCAUCAUCAUCAUCAUCAUCAUCAUCAUCAUCAUCAUCAUACCCAAGUUUAUUAUAAGAACUCGAUGACCAAUGCGCUUUUGAGACAUUCGAGUGGUUUGCCCGAACCUCCGGCUUCGUGACUAUGCGUGACUGUCGGCUGAUUUUGAUUAUGAGGGGACGCCUUUAAGUGGAUGAGCAGUGCGUCAUAAAUUAUGGUUCCACAGCAACCCCAGGUCUUCAGUACACCCUAGCGCUCAUAACAGCCUAUAAGCUGUACCUCUUCCACUUUGUGAAUUCUACAGUCGCAACUACCUUCUAAACCUUAAGAGCAACAUGCCUUUUUGAAUCCAAUAAGUUUUAUGAGUCCUUAUUUUCUAUUUUUUCCUAGACUUAUUAUAAAUUCCCGUGGUCGCGUUCUCUUUGUAGAUAAAACGGGUGUCUUCCUCUCCCCUGGCAUUGGGGUCAUCGACGGGCUCAUCUCUACCGAAAAGUUUUUAUCUUAUUGAUAGCCAAUAUGAAUGCGGCUUUUGUUGGAAACGUUUUGACAGUUUCAUCGCCAUAAAGUCUCAUUUGGUCAGGCACAAUGAUGAAAAGGUACAGACUGCCAUCUUUGCUCUUUUGCCCUAGACUUUUUCAUUAUAUACGUUUCCCAUUAGUCGCAUCGCUCAUCAAUGGUCAUCCAAUUCUAGGUAUUCCAAUGUCUUGUGGCCUCUUGUGGUGAGACAUUCAAGGAAGUUGGGGACUUUCUGGAACAUCUUUCCAUUCAUCGGCUCUCCGAUCCCAAUUGGCUCCACUGCAAGCAGUGUAAUAAGCAAUACAACAGUAAGCACUCCCCAUUUUCCAUGUCUUAUCAUGGCCCCAAUGUAGUCUCUUUAGAUAUGGCCUACCGUCUACUACAUUAGUCUUAAACCGUAGCGGUCAGCCAGGCUCGCUUUAACCUAUUACCUACAUAUGGCAUUUAAGUUUUCUCUGUUUGUAAAGUUUGUAUUCGUACUAGGUUUUUCGGCAAAGUUGGUGUCAUUGGCUAUUCCCGUAUCUUUUUAUACGCCCCUAUUGUAUUCCUAUGUCGUUAUCUGUCAGCCUCUCGAAGACUGUGUUCUAUACUGAUUGGCAGCCUCACCGGCCCUCCAUUUAUUUCUGAAUCUUGGUAUCUUAUAAGCAUACUUGCUUAAGACAGUCUCGAUUGGAUUCCACCAGCUAUUUUUGUAAUUACUGCCUUAAAGUGACAGACGCAACUAAGACAUUCAUAAUUCGAACCAGUUAAUUUGUAGCCGUAGAUGUGAUGACUUCAGUGGCUCUUGGAUCCGUCCUAAAAGUCUUUCUGGACCGCCUUUGACACCGCCUUUGCGACUCCGCGUCGAAGGAACCAGACGUUGCUGCUGAGCUUCUAAAAAUCUAUACAACAAAUACAAUAAACCAUGAAAGCGUUUCGCUAAGUGUGACGAUAUCUCAGACUUGGUCACCCUCUUCCGACUUGUCACCUUUACCGGUGCUUGAGGGUCAUAAGACGAAAACCUUUCCAUAUCUGAUGUUGAUGACGAUGAACAGGAUGCUGAAUGAGGUGGUCUCUUGUCAUGUGCUUUCAGCCAUCGCGGAGCUCUUCGAGCAUUACGCGGGCAAGGGUGAGAUGCAGAAAACAGCCUGCCGUCCUCCCGCCGCCGGCGACGACAGCCCGACUGAGCUGUGCAGCCAGACGCCUGCCAAUAUGGGGCCAUCUGAACCACCCAAAAGUAGCCGAAGACUUGUGCUGCUACCCCUAUCGCGUCUUUCUUCAAGACGAUAUAGCAAAACUUCACGCUUUAGGUACGUUUCAGUGGAUGAUUGCCUCUAAUGUGGCCUUGUUCGCGCUCCCCCUUUUCCGACGGACACUAUCUCCCCAUAUCGCCCACACCUUGCAGUUCUUUCCUCACGUCAGUCCUCUCUCUCUCUCUCUCUCUCUCUCUCUCUCUCUCUCUCAUUCCGCCUCUGCUUUCAGCAUAUUUGUCGCCAUGACUUUAUGUGCGGAACCGUCGUUAUCAGGCGCCCAGUAAUGACUAGAAUGUGUGUUUCAGCCUCGCGGGAAAGAAGCGCUGGCGCUUGGACUCCUAAAAAUUACCUGUCAUUACCAUUCACGGGCCUCUUCGGCAGCACUUUAACUAUGUCGAUAUUAAAGAACCCGUAGUACGUAGUCCGUUCUCCCCCGUCUACGCUUUAUGAGUUGUUGUUCUACAAACUGGUAGCAUGACAAUUGUAUUUACUUGUGUGCGUAUAUACGCAGACUUUGAAAACAGGAUUGAAACCAACAUGUUAGGCCCGUUUUCGAUGAAGAAUUACUGACAGAGGUCACUGUAAUGCUGACUUCCAUUUCAAUCCUUAGUUAACAAGAAACCAUUCGAAACAUCAGAUACCAUUCAGGACCGGAAGAACGUGUGUGCUACUCCUUCUGUUCGCUUCUUCUUGUUCGGUUGUCUAUGAGAUUUAGACAGCACUUUCAUGGCAAAAUCCGGCUAUCUCGGAUGCACUUUUAAAAUCAGGCUCCUUGACUUUUUUUUCUUUGUAAAUAAUCAGUUUUUUGCUGUGUCACGUAAGCCAAUUUCUUCUGUGAGAGAAUUUCAGAGCGCAUGCAAUGGCGUUAAACCAUGUUUCCUUUUUUCAGGUGCCCAGUCUGUAAGUUCCGACGGUUUGCCCGAGUUGGCCUUCUGCGUGCCCACCUCUUGAGCGACCACCUCCACAGCCGGAACGCUAAUGUCUGCACGAAACUCAGCCGUCCGUAA